CGGCGCUGCCGCCGCGGGGGUACGGCGGCGCCCGCGGCCACCUCCGGCGCAGGUAGCGGCCAUAGCCGCCGUGCGGCGGAGGGGCGGAGGGCUCCGACGGCGGGCGGCAGCGGCGCCCGCCUCGCCGGCAGCAGGAGGAAGAGCGCGCGUCUGCCGCGGGAGCAGAGCGCUGCCAGCGCCGCGGCUUCUCCGCCCGCCGGCUCCGCGCCCAGCACCUCGCCCCGCCGGGGGGUGGAGGGGCCCUGCCCGCCGCGCCGCGCGUCUCCGGGCGCGCAGGGACGGCGAGGAGAGAAUUUGAAGUUCUGGUGAUCUGUCAUGGGGAACCAUGUAGGAAAGCGAGAACAUAGCACUGAGAAGCCAACCAAGAGUGCUGAAACCAAGGUGGAAGAAGCAGCUAAAGAGAGUCCAAAAGCAGCCAGACUAAUACAGCAGUCUUCAGAGGAUAAUGAAGUAUUUGGAGAGGCAGAUGUGAACCAGAACAAUGGGACCUCCACGACGAGCCCAGCGGUGACAGACCCCAAAGGCACAGCAGACCCAAAGAAUGCCUGGCGGGAGGCCAACCCAGCUGACACAACCGGUCGCCCCCACUUGAUCCGCCUCUUUUCCCGAGAUGCCCCAGGCAGAGAGGACAACACCUUCAAAGAUCGGCCCUCCGAGUCAGACGAGCUACAGACCAUCCAAGAGGACAGUGCAGCAGCUUCAGAGAACUCGGAUUUGAUGGCUUCACAAAAACGCUCCUCCUUCCGGCACGGAUCAAAAAUGGCCUCUGCGAGCACUACAGACCACGCUAGGCACGGAUCGCCAAGGCACAGAGACUCGGGUCUACUUGACUCGCUGGGCAGAUUCUUUGGAGGUGAAAGACACGUUCCCCGGAGGGGCUCGGGCAAGGAUAUACAUGCAGCCAGGGCUAGCCACGUAGGGUCCAUCCCCCAGAGGUCUCAGCAUGGGCGGCCUGGUGAUGACAACCCCGUAGUCCACUUCUUCAAGAACAUUGUCUCACCCCGUACUCCUCCCCCAAUGCAAGCAAAGGGAAGAGGAUUAUCCCUCGCCAGAUUUAGCUGGGGUGGUGAAGGACACAAGCCAGGAUAUGGAGGAAGUGGAAAAUUCUAUGAGCAUAAAUCGGCUCACAAGGGACAUAAGGGAUCCUAUCAUGAGGGCCAGGGCACUCUUUCCAAAAUCUUUAAACUGGGAGGCUCUGGUUCCCGACCUGGAUCGCGGUCUGGUUCACCAGUCGCUAGACGCUGAAACUCUAAUAUGCCAUUCAAGGAUCAUGUACUCUGCUUCAUAAUGUAACUGCCUUAAAAUUAACAACAGCUGCAAGAAUUACCUAGAUAGAUGCAAUCCAUUACUUAAUGCCAAUUAAGUUCUGCAUGCAGUAGAUUAUACAAACUUCUAUUGGCAAUCCCUGAGCAACAGUUGAAUGAAAGGAACACACAAAGUAGCUUUACUAGAUGUUUUCCUUAUUUUAUGUAAAGUAACAAGAUCUCUGACAUUACUCAUUCUUCUUCAGGAUGCCCUAACUGUAUGCUGGACUUCAUUAUUUCUCCCAAGCACCUAAUUUAAGUACAAGUGUUCUGGUUUCUUGAAUUUGAAUUAUAAAUAUAGAGCUAAUGUCUUGGAUAUUGAGUGCCGCUGUUAGUGAAUUUCUGAAACACUGCUGUAAUAAAAAAAAAAAAAAAUCCACUAUGUGCAGAAGCUGUAAGGACUGUUUAUCCAAAUACUUUUUUUGAUUUGGGUUUUUAGCUUUUUUUUGUUUUAAUCUUCCUUCUCUCACUCACAGAAUAAUUUACUUUUCAUAACAGGAUUAGGCAGUCACAGAAAGGUUACCAAACACUGGGAGUUCAAGGUAUGUGUAGUGUGGGAGGGGGCAGAUGUUGUAGAAUCAAUGAGAUGCAGAGCAACAGUAAUAAGGAAGUUCUUUCCAUACAAUGAAUUGCUCAUCGUACCCAAACCAUUAGAACUAAGAGUGGAUGAGGGAGAGAAAGAGGAUUUCAAAUUUGAGUUAGACUAAUGUUAAGAAACCAGGGAUAUUCCCAGAGAAGAAACAUCUAAGAUUGCACACGUGACCACUGAAAGUCACGGUUGCUCUAUACAAGCUUUGCUGCAACAGCAUUAACUUAGCAGUAUAUUAAGUACAUAAAUAAAUAAAUAAGUCUAAUUUCUGAAAGCAAGAAAGCCCUUCAGUACUGGUAUUUAAGAUAGUCCUGCACAUCUCAUGUUAGAAUUUCAAAUCUUUUUCUUGGUACUGCAGCAGUGUUGUAUUUGGUAAGCUCAUCUUAUGACUGAAAACAUCUGGAUGCCGGUUAAUGGCAGUGCACCAAAGCAAACUCAUAUUAAACUACUGUGAACAUUUAACUGUUGUACUGUAGUUGCCUUAUAGAAAUAAAUUGUAACUGAGUUAGAUAUAGAUAUUAAUUGUUCACAAAUUACUAAAAUGAAUGUGUGGCAAUGGUAUUUCCAACCACAUGUAGGAAAAAAAAAAAGGCUCUUCCGAAUUGCA